GCGCUCCCGUGUGGAUUUCGUAUUUAACGGCGCGGGGUUCGCCUCAUUGCGAAACCCUAGUCGAUUUGUGGCGGCGUUCUCGCUCUUUCUCGUCGUCGUCGGUAGAAGACCUAGUAAGUAUUAGGAAAAAUGUUUACUGCGAGGAAGAAGAUCCAAAAGGAUAAGGGUGCAGAACCGACUGAGUUUGAAGACACUGUGGCUCAGGCAUUCUUUGAUCUGGAGAAUGCGAACCAGGAGUUGAAGAGUGACUUGAAGGAUCUUUACAUUAAUUCAGCAGUGCAAAUCGAUAUGCCUGGCAACAGGAAAGCUGUUGUUAUUCACAUUCCACACAGGCUGCGAAAAGCCUACAAAAAGAUUCAUGUUAGGCUGGUUAGAGAACUGGAAAAGAAGUUCAGUGGGAAGGAUGUGGUACUCAUCGCUACCCGGAGGAUACUGAAGCCACCAAAGAAAGGUUCUGCAGUCGUGCGGCCUCGCUCCCGCACCCUCUCUGCUGUCCAUGAUGCCAUCCUCGAAGAUAUAGUGUAUCCUGCUGAAAUUGUAGGAAAGCGCAUCAGAUAUCGUCUGGACGGCUCCAAAAUUAUAAAGAUUUUCUUGGACCUGAAGGAGCGUAACAACACGGAAUACAAGUUGGAAACUUUUACGGGGGUUUACCGGAAGCUUUGUGGAAAAGAUGUGGUGUUCGAGUACCCAGUCACAGACAGUGCUUAAAUGAUGCUUAUGAGUUUCGAGUAGCCUUUCAUUUGGUUUCCUCAUUUGUAAGCAAGAAAUGCUUUUUUGGGACACUUCAAUUCUGUUUUCUCUUUUGGAAAUUAAAGAAAACUUAUCUUGUGGUUU